AUGUCGGAAAUCAACAGAGCCAAAGUUAAGGAGUUGAUCACCAAACGAGACGAAAUCGACAAGGAACUGGGGAGUCUGAACCACGUUCUUAAGUCGGUAAGUGGUUUGUUACCCAAAAGUGCCAGUUUUAGUUCGAUGUGGACAUGGAAACCCCGUUGGUUGAUGCUGAAGGAUUUCCGAAGAAUGAUUUGGACAUUCCGGCUAUUAGACUGACCAGAAAGAGCAUUAUUGGUAAGAAAAUACAAGUAGUUGUUUGUUACAAAACACAGCCUUAUUUAACAUAGGUCGCAAAAUAAUAAAUUGUUAUCCUUUAGCGUUAACAAAUGACAGAAAGGCGCUAACUGAUGAAAUUGAGAAGGCUUUGGGUGAAUUACAUCAGGCAGACCACUCGAAAACCCCUGCUUCUGCCCAACCUGUGGUUAGAAGACCUACAAACAAGGCCUUUCUAGAGGUCGAGAAUGUGGUUUAUGGUUCUCCUGCUUAUCAAGCUGUAAGUAUGAGUUAUCUAGUUAAUUAUUAUUGGUUUAGGGGCUGGCAGAAGGCGACAAAGUCAUUCAGUUCGAUGCCAUCCACGCCCUCAACUUUGAAGGACUAAAACAGAUAAGUGAAGUUGUAACCUCUUUGGUUGCUGUAAGUUACACAAACGAAUUUUUACACUUCUGAUAAAGACGAUACUAAAUUAAAGGAUAAUGGGAUAACUAAAACAUGUUACAGAAAGAGCUGCACAUAACCGUGCUAAGAAAAAUCAAGGUGCACAGACUCGUAGCUCAUCCAGGACCAUGGGAAGGCGUCGGAAUCUUUGGAGCCAGAUUGCAAGUAUACAAAGAAGAUUAA